UAGAUGGAGUUGGAAAAAAUGUGCAUGUCUCGCUGCAGGCUUAUGAAUGAGUGUCGGUUCAGACUGUGUCUAAAAUGUAAGCUAAUGCCAUUUUUACUGUGUCCCCCUUUCACUUUUAUCAGUGUCAGGUGAGCCAAGGGGCGUGACGGUUUGGCAUGCGCUCUCUCGCCACCAUUAGUACCUUUGCUCACUCGACCGCUCCUGACUUUUGGCUCGGUUUUGUUAAAUACUGUGAAACUUAGGUAAACUUUGUAGCCUGUCUGCAUCUCCAGUUCACCAUGGCUCUCCAAGCCACCGCUCUGGUCACCUCUAAAUGGCUGGCUCAGGCUGUAAAGGUCCAGGGGAAAAUGCGGGUCUUGGACACUUCGUGGUAUUUGCCCAAACUGCGGAGAAACGCAAAGACCGAGUUCAAGAAGAAGCAUGUGCCGGGAGCAGCUUUCUUUGACAUUGACCAGUGCUGCGAUAAAACCUCUCCUCUGGACCAUAUGUUGCCGUCAGAGGACUAUUUUGCGGAAUACGUCGGGAAAUUGGGAAUAGAAAAGGACACGCACGUCGUGGUCUACGAUGGCAGCGAGUUCGGGGCGUUCUCGGCGCCCCGCGUGUGGUGGAUGUUCCGAGUGUUCGGGCACAGUGCGGUCUCUAUGCUCAAUGGGGGGCUCAGGAACUGGGAGCUGGAGGGUCGACCUGUGAGUGACCGGUACGUCAGACCCACAGCGACCGAGUUCAAAGCCUCUCUGAACCGCUCGUGGAUAAAAACCUAUGAGGAUAUCCUGGAUAACCUGGAGACUAAAAAGUUCCAGGUGGUGGAUGCCAGGCCCACAGGCAGGUUCAAAGGGCUGGACCCNNUACCCAGUGAUAACACAGAGCCGGGCCACAUCCCUGGCUCCAUCAGCAUUCCUUUCCACGCCUUCCUGUCACCUUCUGGCCACUUCCUGCCAAAGGAAGAACUCCAGGCUCUGUUCGCCCGUGCUGGUGUGGAUCUCGACCGCCCGCUUUGUGUCUUAUGCGGCUCUGCAGUGACCGCGUGCCACGUGGCACUGGCGGCCCACGAGUGCGGGCACCCGGGGGUGUCGGUGUAUGACGGUGGAUGGUCGGAGUGGUACACCCGCGCCGUGCCCGAGCACGUCAUAUCAGAUGGGAGAGGGAAACAUUUGUGAUAACAGGAAGGACCUGUGACCGAUGGUUUUAGGCUGGAUCACUUGCGCUGUUGUUGCUUUUGAAGUUUGGUCAUCUGGGAAUUGUGUGACUUCCUCCUGUGAAGCCACAGCCAGCAGCAGGUUAGCAAAAUUUCCCAGAAUGUCCAAAAAGCUCCUGUAUUAAUAAUACACCACUGGGGAUUUUUUUAAAAUUGUUCAUCUAUUAUAUACUGAUAGAUGAUUUGUGAUUAAAGUCAUCAAUAUGUGGACACUAAACUGAACUUCUUGUUGGCAGCUCAUGGACUCAAAGACACCUACACUUUGUAAUCUUGUCUAAUCUUUGGUAAAAUAAAUAUGAACAUGUAUAGCA